AUGGUAGACCAGACGCCGCUCCAAUCUGUGGAGCCGCUGUUAUUAGCUUCUGAGGGCGAGGACGACUCUGAUGAUGGCAUGGGCGCGUCCAUCGCCAGUUCGUCAACGUCAUUGUCGUCAAGCAUUCUGAAAUAUCGAGAAGAGAAUGGACGGACAUAUCACGCAUUCAGAGAAGGCAGAUACGUUCUGCCUAAUGACGAUGUUGAAAAUGAGCGCUUGGACCUGCAACACCACCUCUGCACUUUGACCCUCGGGGGCAAGUUGUUCAUCUGCCCGGCGGGUACGGACAAGCCUCUUGGGAGGGUCCUUGACGCCGGUACAGGGACAGGCAUCUGGGCAAUAGACUUUGCUGAUGAGCAUCCGGAGACUCACGUCACCGGGGUUGACCUCAGUCCAAUUCAGCCGUCUUUCGUCCCACCAAACGUGACAUUCUAUAUUGACGACCUCGAGGAUACCUGGACGUUCCACGACAAGUUUGACUUCAUCUAUUCGCGCAUGCUCACCGCCUCCAUCUCCGACUGGCCCAAGUUCCUGCAACAAAGCUACGACAACCUCAACCCUGGGGGUUGGAUCGAGCUGCUCGACGUGCACCUGCAGCUGCAGUCCGAUGACAAGACCAUCCCGACGGACUGUGCUAUGGCGCAGUGGGGAGACCUGAUGCUCGAGGCGGCGGCUAAGCUCAACCGACCGCUGGACAGCAUGACGUUCUAUCGGCAGCAGCUGGCUGAUAUCGGAUUCACCAAUGUGACGGAACAUGUAUUCAAGUGGCCUACAAAUUCGUGGCCGCGAGACUCCCGACACAAAGAGUUAGGGAUGUGGACGUUUGAGAACUUGGGCAACGGGCUUUCUGGGCUGAGCAUGGCGCUUUUUACCCGCGCGCUGGGAUGGUCUCCUGCAGAAUUGGAGGUGUUUCUGGCAGGGGUCCGAAAGCAGAUGAGGGACCGGUCCAUCCACGGCUACUGGCCCAUAUAUGUCGUGUACGCUCAGAAGCCGGGGUACAAUGGCUGA